AUGAUGCUGCGUUACCAGCGUGAAAAACAAGCUGCAGAAGACGUUGCUGUAGAGAAUGGUGAACCGGUUCAAUACACGCCAUUCGUGAACAAAGUCAAUGAAAACCUUCGGAAUGGAACAACUAACCCGUUCCGCGGGAUGGACAAGGAAUGGAAAGAUGAAAAAACUCGGCUGAAGGAGAUUAAGGACGAUGGUGGGGAUGUCAAACAAGCCAUCUUGUCCCAAGGUGUUCGCGAAGAUAUGAAUGAUCAAGAGGUGGUAGCAACGGUAUAUGGCAAUGAGAAUGCCAUUCGUAAGGCAUCCACAUUUAUGGUUCAACGUCCGCAACGUGCCGUGGAUCAAAUGCAAAGGGUCAAAUCGUUAAAUCGAAACCGCAAAUUGCAAACGGCCGUCGACGAUUUUUGUAUGAUCCAACUGUUUGAUCGGUACAAAGUUGAAUACAAGCAAGCGGUAGAUACCUCUAAUAUGACGGAUCAACCGGUUCAACAUACCGACUUUGUGAAAGAAAUGAAUGCUAGAUUCAAAGAAUCUGGUUUAAGCACAAAUCAAAAGAUCAAAAAAAACGAUACGAUGCUAGUCCGGUCUGGUAGAGUUUCUAUUGCUUCCAAGUUCGAAGGAAUGGAAGAAUUCAAAACUUACAAAAUACAAUUACUGCAAGCUAAUGAAGCAUUCCGGAAAGUUAACGUGCCUCAAGAAGGCAUUGUUGCUCCUGGACCACAGGUCCGUGUGGCUGCUCCAGCCAAUCCGAAGACCAUUCUGGAAGUCUUUACCACCUAUGCCGAA